AUGGUGUACGCAAUCAAGGAGUUGGCGAACAACUACAUCCAUGAAUUUAAGAGAAUGGGUUGGCGGGACAUUCUCCUGCAGGGCAUCUCGCUGGCGAUGAUUAUCGGCUCCGCGCUCACCGUGUGGAAGACCCUCAUGCUCGUCUCCAUGUCGGAGUCCCCCGUCGUGGUCGUUCUCUCGGGCAGCAUGGAGCCGGGGUUCAUGCGGGGCGACAUCCUGGUGCUGUACAACGGCGGCCGGGGCCCCCUCACCGGCGACGUAGUUGUCUUCAAACUACAGGACCGCGACAUCCCCAUCGUGCACCGCGUGGUGCGCAACCACCAGCGGGGCGACGGCGCGCCCACGGAGCUCCUCACCAAAGGGGACAACAACUGGGGCGACGACCGGUCGCUGUAUCCGCAUGGGCAGGACUGGCUGGGAGAGCAGCAGGUCGUGGGCCACGCGGUCGGCUACAUACCGUACUUGGGAAUGGUGACCAUUCUCAUGAACGACUACCCCAUGUUGAAGUACGGGCUCAUAGGCGUCCUGGGGCUGCUCGUGCUAACUACCAAGGACUAG